CUGAGCGCAGGGCAGCUGAUGUCCCAGGUCCGGGCAAGCGGGGAAGGCGGUGAGGGAACACCGGAGGGUGCCGAGCAGUUCGCAGCGGCUCCGAGUGAGGGUUCCGCGCGGGAGUCCAGAACUUGGGAGUCCAGCGAGCACCCAGAGGCAGAGCACAGAGAAACGGCGGCGCCAGGACCCGACAGCGAAGAGCAGCAAUCGCGGGACGGGCAGAGCAGGCACCAUGACUCCUGUGAGGACCCAGCACUCAUUAGCAGGUCAGACCUACACAGUGCCCCUCAUCCAGCCAGACCUGCGGCGAGAGGAGGCCAUUCAGCAGAUAGCGGAUGCUCUGCAGUACCUACAGAAGGUCUCCGGAGACAUCUUUAGCAGGCCCAGCCAGGCCUGGGCCCGUUGGCCCCACUGGACCUUGUGCCCAGUUCUGCAGGUCUGCAGGAUCUCCCAGCGAGUAGAGCUGAGCCGGAGCCAGCUGCAGACCAUUAGGGACAGGGUCUCCUUGGCCCAGGCCAAGAUUGAGAAGAUCAAGGGCAGCAAGAAGGCCAUCAAGGUGUUCUCCAGUGCCAAGUACCCAGCUCCCGAGCACCUGCAGGAGUAUAGUUCCAUCUUCAUGGGUGCCCAGGACUUUGGCCCGCAGAGACGCCCCCACCACAGAAUUCAGAGCAAACACCGCCCCCUGGAUGAGCGGACCCUGCAGGAGAAGCUGAAAUACUUCCCUGUGUGUGCGAACACCAAGGUAGAACCUGACGAUGAGGCUGAAGAAGGGCUUGGGGGUCUUCCCAGCAACAUCAACUCCGUCAGCUCCUUGCUGCUCUUCAACACUACAGAGAACCUGUACAAAAAGUAUGUCUUCCUGGACCCCCUGGCUGGUGCUGUAACAAAGACCCAUGUGAUGCUGGGUGCAGAGACAGAGGAGAAGCUAUUUGAUGCCCCUUUGUCCAUCAGCAAAAGAGAGCAGCUGGAGCAACAGAUUCCAGAGAACUACUUCUACGUGCCUGACCUGGGCCAGGUGCCUGAGAUUGACGUGCCAUGCCAGCUGCCUGACCUGCCAGGCAUCGCUGACGACCUCAUGUACAAUGCUGAUCUGGGCCCUGGCAUUGCCCCCUCUGCCCCUGGCACCAUUCCAGAGCUGCCUGCCUUCCCCACGGAGGUGGCUGAGCCUUUCCAGCCAGACCUAGAAGAUGGGGUGCUAACAGCACCUCCACCACCACCACCCCCACUGCCACCUCCCCCGGCUCCAGCAGUGCUGGUUAGUGCUCCGCCGCCCCCGCCCCCACCGCAGACCAUGGCCUCUCCAGGUCACGAUGCCCAGGAGGCUGAGAGCAGCUCAUCUCCUUUAGGAGCACCAGCAGUCCAGGGAGCUCCCAAGGAAGUGGUGGACCCCUCCAGUGGCCGGGCCACUCUGUUGGAGUCCAUCCGCCAGGCUGGGGGCAUCGGCAAGGCCAAGCUCCGCAGCGUCAAGGAGCGCAAGCUAGAGAAGAAGAAACAGAAGCAGCAGGAGCAAGUGAGGGCCACAGGCCAAGGUGGGGACCUGAUGUCGGAUCUCUUUAACAAGCUGGCCAUGAGGCGCAAAGGCAUCUCUGGGAAAGGUCCUGGGACCGGGGCCAGUGAGGGGCCAGGAGGAGCCUUCGCUCGAAUGUCAGACUCCAUCCCGCCUCUGCCUCCUCCACAGCAGACACCUGGAGAGGAGGACCAAGAUGACUGGGAAUCCUAGGGGUUCAGCGGCUCCUUCUUCUCCCCAAACCCAGGCUAUAGCUCUUUCCCUCACAUGGGAAGAGCUGGGAUGGGCUCCUUGGCCUGCAGGUGUCUCAGUCCCUGCUGCCCUUGGAGGGAUGGGGAUCUUGGAGGACUUCCAGGGCUGUGGCUGGCCCUCUUCAGGAAGCAGGGAGGCUGGCUCCUGAGGGGUGGGGGAGGGGGCCCUGGCUCCAUGCCUGUGCUCCACCCACCUCCUUCACUGGUGUGCUCUGCUCCUCCCUGAGACUGAGAUACAGCAGUGCACAAAUCAAUAAAGAAGUAGAAAGCAGAAAUGCGCAUCAACUGACA